GAUUGCAGCCAACCUGUUCGACGAAAUGUCAUCACCAGAAUCGACUCCCUGCGGUUCCAAUAGCGCGCGAGGCACCUACAAUGGUGUCGACAGGCUCAGCAGCCUUCCAAGUGAGCUGCUCCACCGCGUGAUGUCCUUCCUGCCCAUGCCGGAGGCCGUGCGCACAAGUCUGCUCUCGCCGAGCUGGCGCUAUCUCUGGGCAUCUACGCCAUACAUACGCAUCGACCACCAGGACUUCAUGGAAGACGAUGACAAGAUGGACAAGUUCGGGAACCACCUGCUGCUCUUGCGCGACAGCACUGCUUCCUUGGAUGAAGCCCGGAUCGUUGUCCGCACAGUUGCUAGUACCACAUGCACCGUGUGGAUUCGUCAUGUAAUCAUGCACAAAGUUCGUCACCUCCAUGUUUCUGGAUUGGGCCAUCUGGAUAGCUCAGCCAUGCCUCCUUCUCACCACCUCAAAACAAUCAGGCUCCAAUUUGUCAUAUUGGGACAUGGGCUCUUUAGGCCGCUCAACUACGACUGCCGAGUGCUUCAACUUCUACAGCUGGAGGAUUGCGUUUUGGUUGGCCUGAAGGAGAUCUCAUCCAGGUCACUCAAGGUUCUGCGUAUCAUUAACUGCCUUAUCACCGGGAGUCUCCUGAUUUGUGCUAGCAAUCUUACCCAUCUCUCUAUCCUAGACAUGAAUAGUCAUUCCGGAGCUAUAUUAGCUAGGGAUCUGUCUUCUCUAGUAACAGCCUUUGUUAGUGUAAGGACAAUAGAGGACCAUGCUCUACUUGAUGGCCUCUCACAUGCCACAACCUUGGAGUUGCAUGCACCAUUACUUGAGAGAGGUUUGUGGAUAUGCCCGAUGUUCAACAACCUGACAAGCCUAUUGCUGAGACAUUGCUGCAUGGCUGCUGAUUUCGACGCGCUGCUUCAGAUUCUCCAGCGCUCGCCCAAGCUGAAGGAGUUUACUUUUAAUCUUAAAAGGGUGCAAUGUAUAAGGUGCAUGCAUUCUAAAUCUACUUCGCCACCAUCAAGAGUAGUAUACUGUUGAGCUUGGGCGGCCACCCUUGCAUCGAGAGGAUCAAUAUCUGCGGCUGGGAAGAAGAUCCAUGUGUCGGCGCGUUGGUGGAGGCGUUGCAACCGACUGUCGGUGAUGUGAAAAUCAGCAACAAGGGUCUCUAUUAAUCAGACCAGUUAACGUUGAGAUCAAGUGUUCCUGACGUAAACGUUCAGUAAACCAGAAUAGCCAGUCAACGUUGGUCAAGCUCCCUGCUCCUGUGCUCCUGUAUCUCUCGAAAUGGAUUGGGUAAUCAAUCUAUAGUUUAGCUCCCGAGCCCUCACAAAGACACUAUGUGUUGAGCUGGGCCUACAUUCAUGCGUAGUUUACCUCUUGAA